CAUAUCUCUCUCUCUCUCUCUCUCGUUCGAGCUUCCUCCUUUUUUCCUCAUCUCAAAUCUUCUUCUUCAUCUCCCUCCCCAGCAAUCUCUAUCGAUCCUUCUCGAAUCGCCAACAUGAGUGACCAUGGAGAGAAGACCUGUCCACUCUGUGCUGAAGAGAUGGACCUGACUGAUCAACAAUUGAAGCCUUGCAAAUGCGGCUAUCAGAUAUGUGUUUGGUGCUGGCAUCACAUAGUGGACAUGGCGGAGAAAGAUCAAAUAGAAGGGCGUUGUCCAGCUUGUCGCACUCCAUAUGACAAAGAAAAGAUUGUAGGGAUGACUGUCAAUUGUGACAGUCUAGCCUCGGAAGGCAACAUGGCGCACAAGAAGAUCCAAAAGUCUAAAUCAAAACCUUCUGAGGGAAGAAAGCAACUCACCAGUGUGCGAGUGAUUCAAAGGAAUCUUGUUUACAUUGUUGGGUUACCCCUUGAUCUAGCAGAUGAAGAUCUACUCCAACAUAAAGAAUAUUUUGGUCAGUAUGGAAUUGUUCUAAAGGUUUCCAUGUCCCGAACAGCAUCUGGUGUCAUCCAACAAUUCCCAAACAAUACAUGCAGUGUAUAUAUUACUUAUGGAAAAGAGGAAGAGGCUGUUCGCUGCAUUCAGGCUGUUCAUGGGUUCACCUUGGAUGGUAAAUUACUGAAGGCAUGUUUUGGGACAACAAAGUAUUGUCAUGCAUGGCUGAGAAAUGUGGCAUGUGUCAAUCCUGAUUGUCUCUAUUUGCACGAGGUUGGUUCUCAAGAGGAUAGUUUCACAAAAGAUGAAAUCAUAUCAGCUUAUACAAGGAGUAGAGUUCAACAAAUCACUGGAGCAACAAAUAUUCAGCAGUACCGUUCAGGGAACAUACUACCUCCACCAAUGGAUGCUUAUUGCAGUGACAUUUCUUCUGCAAAAGCAGUUGUAAAGGUUCCUUCAACUAAUGCAGCAAGUGUUCCCAAGUAUUCUCCUCCUAGUGGGAGUGGGAGCGGGAGCUCUAGCAGAUCAACAGCUCUUCCUGCUGCAGCGUCAUGGGGGACACAUAUUGCAAACCAGCAGCAUUUAGCUACUUCGGCUACCUCAAAUGGUUCUUCUGAUAUACAAAGAUCAACAUCAGUAAAUGGAAACUUGGCGUUUUCAGCUGUUGUUGCAAAUGCAGCUCAUGGGCCUGUAUCCUCUAGUCACAUUCUUAAAAGACCAUCUCGCAAAGAAGAAAGCCAAAUAGUUGUGGAAAAAAGCAAACCUAGCAUAUUUAAGUCUUCGCAGCAUAAUGUUGUGGUUGACUCCGGGUCCAAGAUAACUACCUUACCUGAUAGAGAUCCUACUAGCAAUCAGUUAUCCAGUUCGGUAGACUCUUCCUACGGUGGAGGGGACAUUGACAAGCCAUCAGCUACUGUGAACUCAUUCGAUGAUGCGAAUGAAGCUUUGAAUGAAGCUGUAGAAGAUGGCCCUAUUGUAAGCAACUUGUCGGACGAUGUUGCACGCAUGGGAAUUGAUAUGAAUCGUAGGAAUGAACAUCCUAAUAGUACAAUGGCGAUUGGUAGUCAGUGUGAUCAAGGUUCUAUUAGACAACCUGGUCAUGAGGUAUCAAAGUUGCCACAGUUAGAGCAAUGUAGGAUGGAUAGUUCUAUAAACACUGAUAAGAAUGCUAUCCUGUCAGAGGACAGGGUCCCCCUCACUAGGCCAGAUCUGCAAUUGCAGGUGCAAGGUAGCUCAAAAUUAGAAGUGGAGGAUAGAACACUAUUGGGUAGCCAACAGCAUCACCUUGAAGAGGAUACAAGCCGCUCGCGGUUUAUAUCUAAUUUGCCAAGUUCCAUCUUAGAUACAAAUCAUAUGGCUUCUCGUUCUUCCCUGCCUUGUGAAAAUUUAGGUUUGUCAGGUGUGAACGACUCAAAUUUGAGGUCCUCAUUGGAUAGAGGUAGUGAUAGAUUGCAUCUUCCAAAUGGACAUCUUCCAAAUGGAUUUGGUGAUAAAUCCAUGACCAAUGUGGGACACUCUCUGUUUCCUAAUGAAGGCAGGAAUAAAAUUAACACUGUGGAGCACUCUCUGUUUGCUAAUGAAGGCAGGAACAAAUUCAACAGUGCAGAGGAUGCUAUAAUUUCAAACAUUUUGUCACUCGAUUUUGAUCCAUGGGACGAAUCCUUGACUUGUCCCCACAAUUUGGCAGAGUUGCUUGGUGAAGUUGAUCAGCGAUCUAGUACUCUUAAACCCUCAAACCUCCUGAAGCAACAUAACGGCCAGUCUAGAUUUUCUUUUGCACGGUACGAUGAAUCUAAUAAUCAAGCAUAUGACAGCGAGAACCAUAAUAUUUAUGGGCUGUUGUCAAAAAAUCAACCUAUUCAGGAGUCUGUAGGGAGCCGAGAUAUUUACCGAGGUAAUCUCGGUAGUCUAAAUGGAUUCACUUCAAAUUACUCUGGUGGAUUGGAUAACUUUGCUGCUAGUCCUUUAUUCUCUUCGCACAAGAAUCCUGUUUCACGUCCCCAAGUUUCUGCUCCUCCAGGAUUUUCUGCUCCGAACAGGUUACCGCCUCCUGGGUUCUCUUCACAUGAUAGGGUGGGCUUAUCUUCUGAUACUGUGCCAGGAACUCGUUUUCUUGACUCUACUUCCUUGCUGAGGAAUGCAUAUCAAGUACAACCUUCAGUUGGUAAUUCGAGUGGUGGAAGUGAUAUUGAAUUUGUGGAUCCUGCAAUUUUAGCUGUUGGAAGAGGGAUGGUAAAUGCAGACUUGGAUAUGAGAUCAGGAUUCUCAUCACAACUGAAUUCUUUUGAAAAUGAAACAGGACUGCAGAUGUUGAGACAGCAGUCAUUGUCUGCUGCACAACAACAAGUCAAUGGGUUUCAUCAUGAUCUCAGAAACAUAUCUCCUUCACUUACCGAUCCUUAUGGAUAUAGCUCAAGGCUAAUGGAUCAAACACAGGGAAGUAGCUUGUCACCUUUCUCACAGCACUCAAGACAACAACCAUCUUCAAAUUCAACCUUGUCUAAUGGUCACUGGGAUAAGUGGAAUGAAGGCCAAAGUGUAAACUCUCUAGGCAUGGCAGAGCUUCUUAGGAAUGAACGGCUGGGGUUUAAUGGGAGCCUAUACAACAACGGAUACGAAGAACCCAAAUUCCGGAUUCCAAGUCCUGGAGAUGUGUAUAAUAGGACAUAUGGGAUGUGAUUCGGGCAUGAGGGGAGGUUUCAGCUUUGUUGGAUUUUCUCUGGUUGUUCCCAAGUGCUGGGAAAGUCAUACUCAAAAACUGCUCCGACUGCUCACAUAUAGAAUUGAGUUCUCAUCAAAGAUGCAGGGCCCUAACAUAGAUUCCCUAAGAGCAUAUUGAACUUGAAAGAGAGCAGUGAUGUUAAUGUUUGGAUUGCCUUGGAUAGAUUUUGAUUUCUGCUGAUUGGUUUGGUCGGUUUUCUGGCAAAUUUUGAGGUUUCAACGGUAACAGAGGUCGAAGUCGUGCCUCUGAUUUUUUUGUUCUUAUAUAAAAUUGUAAAUGAAUUUAGUUACAGAAAACAGUAUAGCUUUUUGAAGUAUUCUAUAUAAACAUCAGAUCUUUCUUUUUGUU